AUGAAUGGAACAGAAACACCACAAAGUCCACUACAUCCAGGCCCGAAUGAUGAGAUUGAUCCAAAUAGUCUACCUACUACAAAACUCCAAGAUGACGACUUAGAAUUGAACCCUGAAUUAUACGAUGAAGAUGAAGAAGAUGAACAAAAAUUAGAUGAAGAAGAUUCUAAAAUUGCUCAAUCUUAUUUACCAAACUACGAAGAUGACGAAUUGGAUAAUGUUGAAUUAGACAGUCUAACUGAAAUGACAUUACCAUUUGAAGAAAAAUUCCAACAAUUUAUAGCAAAAAAUUUCAAAAACUCUACAAAUCAAGUGUCAUUAUCAUUAACUCAACAACUGAAAUUUAUAAAUUAUAUCGAUGAACAAUUAUUAGACUUACAAAGACAAUUUAUAAAACAACAAUCAGAAUCAAUAGUUGUAUUUCCCUUAUCACACUUGAUAAGAAAUUUGAAUGAAAUAAUAGACUUAAUAUGGAAAAGUAUAUGUUACAAUAAUCAAGUAAAUUUAUUUGGACAAGAAGAAUAUUACAUCAAAAUAAUAGGAGAUUUCCAAGAUUAUCUACUAUAUUACCCAAACUUAUUUUAUCAAUCAAUUGACAUAGACGAACAGGGUAAAAGAUGGACAAAUUUACAAAAGGAUGAAGUAAUAUCAUUUUUUAAAUUCUUACUAAAAUUAGAUUUACAAUUAUCUUUUUUACUUUCAAAUGAUAAAGAUGAAGAUGUCAUACCUGAUUAUAUUAAAGUGAACGGUAAAUCUAAAUUCAGUAAUACUGAAAUUAUAAGGUUAAGUCCAAUUAUAACGAGGAUUAGAAUUAUAAUUAUUGAAAAAAUUGAAAAAUUAAGUAAAGAAAUUAAAUCAAAGACUAUGAAAAAUUUAAUGGAAUUAGAAUCAAGUAGAAUAUUUGAAGGUAUAUUGGAAAGAAUAUAA